AUGAUGCACUUUAUCAAUCGUUGGGUUUUCUCAACAAAUCACAAAGAUAUCGGAACACUUUACCUUAUCUUCGGCGCAUUCUCUGGUGUCUUAGGAUCAUGCUUUUCCGUACUCAUUCGUAUGGAACUUGCACAACCUGGAAACCAAAUUCUUGCAGGAAACCACCAACUCUAUAACGUCCUCAUCACUGCACACGCAUUCCUUAUGAUUUUUUUCAUGGUUAUGCCAGCACUCAUCGGAGGAUAUGGGAAUUGGUUCGUACCUAUUAUGAUUGGAGCUCCGGAUAUGGCAUUCCCAAGAUUAAAUAAUAUUAGUUUUUGGUUAUUACCACCUUCUCUUUUACUUCUUUUAAGUAGCGCUCUAGUUGAAGUUGGUGUAGGAACGGGAUGGACUGUGUACCCACCUUUAAGUCACAUUACAAGUCACUCAGGUGGAGCGGUAGACCUUGCCAUUUUCAGUUUACAUCUUUCAGGUGCAUCCAGUAUUCUUGGAGCCAUUAAUUUUAUCACAACCAUCUUUAACAUGCGAGGUCCAGGAUUAAGUAUGCACAGACUCCCACUCUUUGUAUGGUCAGUCUUAAUUACAGCAUUCUUACUUCUCUUAUCCCUCCCUGUACUUGCAGGUGCUAUUACAAUGCUUUUAACAGAUCGAAAUUUUAAUACAUCUUUCUUUGAUCCAGCUGGUGGGGGAGAUCCCAUUUUAUAUCAACAUCUUUUUUGGUUCUUUGGACAUCCGGAAGUUUAUAUUUUAAUUUUACCUGGAUUUGGAAUUGUGAGUCACAUCAUUAGCACAUUUUCAAGAAAACCUAUUUUUGGAUAUCUUGGAAUGGUUUAUGCUAUGUUAAGUAUUGGUGUCUUAGGAUUUAUUGUUUGGGCACAUCACAUGUUCACCGUUGGAUUAGAUGUCGAUACACGCGCCUAUUUUACAGCUGCAACAAUGAUUAUUGCGGUACCAACAGGUAUUAAAAUUUUCAGUUGGAUUGCAACAGCAUGGGGUGGGUCGAUCUACCUCAGAACACCAAUGUUAUUUGCUGUUGGAUUCAUCUUCCUCUUUACAGUAGGUGGAUUAACUGGUGUUAUGCUCGCAAAUGCUGGAAUCGAUAUUGCACUCCACGAUACUUACUAUGUCGUUGCGCACUUCCAUUAUGUAUUAUCCAUGGGAGCUGUCUUUGCUUUAUUUGCUGGAUUCUAUUACUGGAUCGGUAAAAUUUCCGGGUACCAAUAUCCAGAAGUAUACGGGCAAAUUCAUUUUUGGUUAUUUUUUAUUGGGGUCAACCUCACAUUCUUCCCAAUGCAUUUUCUUGGAUUAGCUGGUAUGCCACGUCGUAUCCCAGAUUACCCAGAUGCAUUUGCUGGAUGGAAUGCUGUAUGUAGUUAUGGGUCAUACCUAUCUAUUUUAGCGAGUCUCUUCUUUUUCUAUGUGGUGUAUCUUACACUGACAAGUAACGAGAGAUGUGCACCAAAUCCAUGGAACUUUGAUUCACAGGAUCAAUCUGUGUCAACAUUAGAAUGGACCGUGGCGUCACCACCAGCGUUUCACACAUUUGAAGAAAUUCCUGCCAUUAAAUCACCGCACCAACUUACAAAAUAA